CCCAAGCAGACGAGUUCAGACGUGUACAGUGUAUUGCUUGUCUGAACGUCGGUCAGUUCACUAUUGAAAAUGGAGGCAAAACUUUUCAUACUUCUGCUGGUCAUUUUCGCCUUUUCAUGGGCCAAUGGUAUGUGAAUUUCGGUUUACUAAUAUCAGAAUAAGAUAUGCCAAAAAGGCCAAAACAGGCGUGCUUUAUAGCCAUGAACCGUGGCUAUAGGCCUAUAUAAGGUAUGUCGAAAAUAGGCCUAGGCAUAUAUACUCUACAUAUAGCCAUGGUUUGUAGCGGCUACAAACCAUGGCUAUAAGGCUUGCUGUAAACAGUUAAAGGUAUGUCGAAGAGAGCCGUACCGGCGAAACCGUGGCUGUAAGCUAGGUUUGCCAACCGUGUCUAUAAGGUUUGGCUAUAAGGUUUACCAAGGCAUACUUUAUAGCCACAAACAGUGACUCAGAUAAAGUAUGUCGAAGACAAGUGUAUUUUAAAAGCGACAAACCGUGGCUUGUAUAUAAGCCUACCAUAUUCGCUAACGCUCCGGCCAUUCCGAAUAUAAGCUCUCCCGACUGUAUAAGUUAAGGCCUGUACAUGUUUUAUACGGCGAAUUUUGGUCGCGUCGAAUGCAAUUAAGACAAUAGAUAAUGAGAUGAUAAACCUCAUUAAGCUUCAUUAUCUAUUGUUUGAAUUGCACUCGACGCGACCGAAAUUCGACGUAUAAAACGGGGCUAAACCCCUAAACCCAUGCCGGACUUAUUAUUGGACGGGGUAUUUAUUAACAAAGUGACAGGAGUUCCAGCUGUUCAGACGAAUGACGAUAAUUACUUUACAGUUUUAUCAUAUAUGUUAAUUUCUAUUUCAGGGCAGAAAUUGUGUGACUAUCCCAACUGCAUUUGCUAUUACAAGGGUGAUCCUUGUCCAAGUGGAUUGAGCGACUGCAGUGCUACAGAUUAUUGCAACCUCGACACCAAUAAGCCUUGUUGCUACAACAAACGUAAGUAUUCAUAAUGACGCAUAUAAUAAAGGCAUAAUAUGUGCAUUUCAGCUCUUUUAAUUGAAAACACUAAUCUUGGAUUAUGCAUAAUUGAUUUUCCUAGUCAGUAAAGUCAAUGUUUUAAUUUUAAUUAACAAUAAAAAUGUUUUAAGUACUAUUUAAAAAACGACGCUGUGACGUCAUGUGCAAUGGUCCUGUGAAAAUUGCUAAUUUUUUAGAACUAUAAUAAUUAUUCGCCGAAGUGUCGGUGAAUAGUGCAAGGAUACAAUAUUCACCUGAGCGCGCGAAACCUUUUCGAGGGAGCAUGCCCCAGGACCCUCUUAUCUUUAAAGUCAAGUAUCCAAUACGUGGUGACCUCGUCUCUCAGGGCCGUAGCGAAGGGUGGUAUUGGGGGGUGACGGUGGUUAACCCCCCAACUUUUUUAGAAUUAACAUAUUCGGAAAAUCAGGUUGGUCAUUCGGAAAAUUACGGCAGUAAUAGUAUAACAAAAUUUUAGUUGUUUAAACAGAGAAAAUAUUAUAAAAUUGUAUUGUCAGCAUCAUAAACUGAUUUACAAAAUCACGGCAUUUACAUGGAUAACAUUUAACAAAUCGUAGAUCGGUAAAUGUUUUUCGGUUUAUUACUUCCCAGGGCCGGGGGGGGGGGGGGGGGGGGAGGCGGCAGUCCUCAAUAUAUCUUUAAAAUACUGACAAUUGAUUAAUUUUAAGCGGCUACAUUACCCAUGACAAACCGCAAAGAAUCGUAUUACCCAUAUACGCUUUCGCCAAUUUAGUUCUUCUAAAUUGUAAGCAAAUUAAUUGUAAAUUUCGACGUGCUAAAACUCUGUUUUCUGACCAUCAGAAUUCUGUCAAAACUUCCCCCAAAGUCCACGAAAUGGCAUUUCAGAGACUCUAAAUUUAAAAAUUUUCUCGGCCCUUCGGUCCUCGCCACCCCUUAUCAAAAAGAAUUUCCUACGGAACUGCAUGCUUCUGUACGAAACUGCAUGCUUCUGUACGGAACUGCACGCUUCUGAAUGUCUGUGCGUAAAAUAUGAGUAUUUUUGUUUGUAAAUUGCGUUUUCAUUUUCCGGAUAGCAAACACCUUCGUGGCUUCGUAUAUUUGCCAUGAAAUAUCCGAAAAUUUUUUUCGUCAUUCGGAGGUCACAUUUGCCCCCCCCCCCCCCCCCCCCUAACUAUGCAUGCUUAGCUACGGCUCUGUCGUCUCUCGUUGCUGCCACACACACAAUGGAUGACGACUUGCUUUAGUUACCAAUUCACGCACGUAAUACAAAAGUAUACAAAAUUUGCCAACUUUGAAGGGCUAUAUUUUCCGUAUUUUACAACAUUUCGCAACCAAACUUUGUAAUAUUACUAAUUCCAAGACGCUCUUUCUAGCUGUGGUGAAAGAUUUCGUUGUUCUUACUUAGAUUAAAAUUUAGUCUAAAGUACAAGUCGUCCAUCAGCCGGUGUUCACUUAUAGUUCUAAGUUUUUCUUAGGAUGAUUCCUGAACGCUGGUGAGGGAAGUCACGCGCGUUUUCGUUCCAUUUUAAGCCAAAAUGAAACUAUACAAUCCUUGCCAAAAACUAUGAGACAAAUAGCGAAAGUUCAUAUCACUUCUUCUUCUGUCCAUUUUCCCAGUGGGCCGGAUUAACCAUGUACAUCCAUGGCAGAAGCGUCAUAUGCCACGGUACCCCGCGCUUUUAGGGGCCCCGCGCUCGGCUCUUUUCGAUUUUUUUGUUCCCUGUUUCGGCGCGGGGGGCAAUCAAACAUAAUGCGCGGCGUUUUUGACAACACGAACGGCAUGAGUAACGUUAAAAGACUGGGUCAAGAAUGUUGGUUGGUUGAUAACGUCAAAUUUGCUUCCGGUCAACAUUCGUGUUGUCAAAAACGUUGCUUCCUUUAUAAGCUCGCUAAUAUGCCACGGGCCCCGCGAAAUGUUAAUCCGGCUCUGAAUCCCCCCGUUCAAUGUUGUCACAAAAAAUGAAUACAUCAUAAACGACACGUCAUCUGGCAUCAACGCAACAUUGAAAAAAUGGAUAUUCACACGUAGAAAAUUUGUGCAAUGUCUAUUGUGUCUAUACAAGUUAUAACGUUUUUGAAACUACAUUGUCCCAUAGUAUAUUGUCACAGAUUGUAGUCACAGUUAUCCCUUUUCAAAACGCAUUACUGUUCGGUUACCUAAAAAAGUAAUGAUUAUCGUUGCUUGUAACAAAGUUGUUUACAUGAGCACAGCAUAUGAGAGCUUGCGGUGAAAUGUAAGCGAAAGUUGCCAAAAUCUCAGUAAACUUUUAUCCUCGUUUUUGAUCUAUAGGCUUAAACAUAAUAACGUAGCUUCUCAUUGCAUUUAAAUUUCAGCCAGGGAAUUCUGUGAUUUUCCUGAUUGUGUUUGCUAUUAUCAUUCCGAUCCGUGUCCGUCACAAACAAGCGACUGUAGUGCGACAAAAUACUGCAAUCUACCAACGAACAAGCCCUGUUGCCGAAACUGGUAUGUAUUUUUUGUUAUAUCAGACGCUUCGGAAAACUAG